UCCCGUGGAACCAGUAGCGUUCGCCACGCUAGAAAAGCACGAGCCCCCUCCCCCCUACUUUCUUUCUCUCAUUCUCGCUCUCCCUCUCUCUUUCAAACCCUAGAAGUGCUCCACACAGGGAGUUCGCUUCCAUUCUUGAUCAGGUAACUGUUCUGGAGGGGAAUUGGUGGUGUUUCUUUCGCAUUUGGGUCGAAGUCGGAAUCGUCCGGGAAAAAAAAAAACGGAAUUUAGGUCUGAUUUCCAUGGAUAUAUGUGGCAUAGGAUUGAGCAGGGAACUUGCCAGGUGAAAUUCUAUAAGAAAAAGUUAGGGUUUCGAUCUUUCAGAAAUUCGGGUUUGCUUCCAUCGUGGGUCUCAUGAGAAUUGGUAGGGUAAUGCAGAAAUGGGUAAGCGGUGAUCAGGAUUCCCCGGGCUGCGAGAAAUCUUUCUUCCGAGGGAUCGGCAUCACCUCUCGGAAAGUCCGAACCCGCGACAAACGGGCUCUCGAGUACUUAAUACAUGCGUGAGAUUGGAGUUUAGGUUAGGAUGACUCGUAUACUGGUUCAACGGGGUUCUUCUUCGAACCGGCCCUCGCUGCCUAGUAGCUCCUCUUCUGCUUCUACUCCUACGCACUCGCUACCUGCCGGGCUCUCGCCUACUUCGUUUCCCGUCAGAGAAGAUGAGCCGGAGAAGGAUGUUUGUGAAGUGAGGACGCCCUCGGAUGAAGUCUGUGAUGGUGGUGGCAGCGGAGAUGAAAAAUCUCAAAGGAUCAAUGAUUUCGUCCAAGAUGGUAGCCACAUAAAUAGAGCCGAGAAUGAAGGGGAUGAAGUUUUGGCCGUGGGUUUUGAGAAAUCGGAUGAGUGUGCGAGUGCCAAUUCGGAGUUCAAUUUGGGAUUGGUGACGAAGGAUUUGUCUGGGGUACAGGUUGCUACUGAAAGGUGUGAUUUGAAUGAAGUUUCUUUUCCUGGAAGCACUGGUUCAUCGCAACUGGUUCAGGGGAGCUCGUAUCCUCCUCCCCCGCCUGUUCCGCCACCCAAGCCUUCUGCGAGCUUUGGUGCAAGGAGGACAGGUUCAGGUGGUUUUGUUAGGAUUGGUUCUUCCAGGAGGUCCUCCGGUUGGCCGAUCGUGCCAACAAGAACCUCACCUUCAGGUUCCCGUCCGACUUCUCCAAGGGGUCAUGUUGAUGGCGAGGGUUACAACAGUGCAGAUGAGCAAGGCCCCUGUUUUGGAUCCUCUUAUGAUGAUGUGGAAAGAGAGCGUCAGUUUGAAUUGGAGAUUAGAAGAGUAAAGGGGCUAGAAGUUAGGAGGAUGACAGAGGAUGGAAACUGUCUCUUUCGUGCUGUGGCGGACCAGGUCUAUGGAGAUGCUGAAUUAUACGAUUUGGCUAGGCAGAUGUGCAUCGAUUACAUGGAGAGGGAAAGGGAUCACUUUUCCCAGUUUAUUACAGAAGGAUUCACAUCAUAUUGUAAGAGGAAGAGGAGAGACAAGGUCUAUGGAAACAAUGUUGAAAUUCAGGCACUGUCUGAGAUGUAUAAUCGUCCUAUCCACAUAUAUUGCUACAGUACAGAACCUAUCAACAUUUUUCACGGGAGCUACACUACUGACACACCUCCAAUACGAUUGAGUUAUCAUCAUGGAAAUCAUUAUAAUUCCCUUGUGGAUCCACGCCGAUUAACAAUUGGAGCAGGUCUUGGAUUUAGCAAUCUUCAAGGGACAAACAUUGACAAGGAUCAGAUAAAGGCUGCCAUAAGAGCUCAGCAGGACCAACAAAUUGAUAACGCACUUUUGGCUGAGGGUCGCUUUUACUCGGAUCUUGAGCUAACCGAGAAGGAGAUUGAGCGUAUGGUAAUGGAAGCUUCACGAGCUGAAUAUCUAGCUAAUAAUAAGUUCAAACAACCGCAUGCUAGUAGAGGAUCUUCGACCUCUUCUGGUGCUGAGCCAUCAUCAUCAGGGGCAGGGCCACUUGUUGAGGAGUCCAAGCUGGACGGUGGGAUCGAAAGCAGGAUUGUACACGAUACUGUCCUGAGCAGCAGCAUCCAGAUGCUGUUGUCUAUGGGCUUUAGUUAUCUGCAGGCCGUUGAAGCUUACAGUAUAUUUGGAGACGAUGUGGACUCCAUGGUAUGUUACCUGCUGGAGAUGGGUGGUAGUGGUCCCGCUGUUGGCAGCAAAAGCAGGCGAAAAGGUAAGGCAACCGAAUGAUGAGGAAUUCGAUUUUGAUGAAGUCUUCCUGUUUGCUACGAAGAAGUCCCGUGUAAUAACUCCCUCGUUGGAGCUAGAUGGCAACUUUUUUAUCAUGCCUGUGUAAUGGUUUACUAUAAUAUUUGAUGGAUUCCGGGUGAUCGAUGUCUCCCUCUGCUAAGUUGGUUUCAGGAUUUACUGGCGAUUGUGUAUAGAUACAUAUGCUAAAGGCAGUGCAAUUGAGCAAGAGUUAAGGAA